CAUCCACGUUGUCGCAAGAGAGUAUGCAAAUAGAGGAGAGCACAGAGAGAGGAAGGGUGCUGAUGCACCGCAGCCAUUCUUUUCCAUUUCUUCAGCAGCAGCAACAGCAGCGCCUCAAACCGUCCCAUUCUUUUGGCCCCGCCUAUCUUCCUCUUUUCUGUUGACCUCCUCUGCAUUUGGUAUUCUUCGUUCGUUGAACGUUUGGCAGCUGGUGCUCCUCUCGUGUUCGUCGUCAGAAACUAUAUUUCUGAGCAAAAAUGGCGACUGUAGGAGUUCUUUAUCCAGCGUUUACCAGUUCCCCGCUUUUUGUUGAAGAUCCUAUUGUCAUUUUGAAAGGUUCAAUUGAGGAGCUCGUUCUCGAAGUUCAAGAAACCGCCGGAACUCAGCAAAUUGGCGCUCCGUCAGCACUUCCAGAGUCACGAGUUCUCGUUCUCUACACUGGUGGAACUAUUGGAAUGAAAACAACGGAUGGAGUUUAUUGUCCCGUUCCCGGAUACCUUCCUGAGGUUCUUCGCGAUAUUCCUCCAUUGAAUGAUCGUCGAUACAUUGAAGAGAGCUACUCAAAUGUUGCAGUACGUCCAUACUCACUUCCACCAGUUCGGAACAUGAAAAAGAGAGUUGUUUAUUGGAUUGUCGAAUACGAGCCACUUCUCGAUUCCUGUGAUAUGACAUUUGACGAUUGGAUUCGCAUAGCUACGGAUAUCAAGAAAGCCUACCACAAGUACGAUGGAUUUGUUGUUCUUCAUGGAACUGAUACUCUUGCUUAUACUGCCAGUGCACUUUCAUUCAUGAUGGAAAAUCUUGGAAAACCAGUCAUUAUCACGGGAAGUCAAAUUCCAGUUGCAGAAGUACGUUCUGAUGGAAUGGAGAAUCUUAUCGGAGCUUUGAUCACCGCGGGAAAUUUUGAUAUUCCCGAAGUUUGUGUUUAUUUCAAUAACAAACUGAUGCGUGGAAAUCGAACAGUAAAAUUGGAUAAUUCUGCCCUUGAAGCUUUUGACAGUCCAAAUAUGCAUCCAUUAGCUCAGAUGGCUAUAAAUAUCAAGGUUAACUACGAUUCCAUUUUCCGAAGUGACAUGGUUGCCGCUUUCACUGUUCAUGAGAAUCUUUGCCGUGACGUAGGAAUGCUUCGAAUUUUUCCAUCAAUGACUAUUGAAUCAGUUCGUGCUUUUUUACAACCACCAACGAGGGGGUGUAUUUUACAAACUUUCGGAUCUGGAAACAUGCCAACUAGACGACAGGACAUUAUUAUGGCCUUGAAGGAAGCUAUAGCUCGCGGUGUGAUGGUUGUGAAUUGCUCACAGUGUCUGAAAGGACAAGUUGAUGUCAAUUAUGCAACGGGUAAAAUUUUGUACGACAUCGGAGUGAUCCCUGGAUCGGACAUGACCUCGGAAGCCGCAAUGGCCAAAUUAUGCUACGUGUUAGGGAAAGAUGAAUGGGACUUGCCAAUGAAAAGAAGUAUGCUGCAAUCAAAUCUUCGUGGUGAAAUGACAAUUGCUUCAAAGGGAGCCAUGCGUGAGCUUGAUAUAAUUCCUCAUAUCGCAAAAUGCCUUCGUGUCUCUUCAUCUCAAGAAGUUCAAUUGCUCCGUGACAUCAUUCUUCCACCAAUGUUUUGUAAUGCUGCUAAGACGAAUGACGUAGAAAUUCUGAAAUCGCUGAAAGCAGCCGGAGUCAAUUUCUCGGCAACUGAUUACAAUCUUCGAACUGCUCUUCAUGUUGCUGCCUCCAAUGGACAUCUCGAAUCUGUCAAUUAUUUACUUAAGAUAGGAACGAAUGUUCACAUCAAAGAUAUGUUUGGAUAUAAUGCACUUGUGUGUGCAGUGAAAGCAAAAGCCAUGGACUGUAUCAUUGCGAUCAGAGACGCUGGUGGAUUCAUUGAUGCUUCAGCUCAAAAAAUUGGUGUGGAACUUUGUCUUGCUGUGUACCAAAAUGACAUGGAACUUUUGAAGUGUAAUGAGGCAGCCGGAACUCACAUGGGCGAGAAGGAUUAUGACAAUCGGACGGCGUUGCAUGUGGCCGCGUCACUGAAUAAGCCAGAGAUUGUCGCCUAUCUUCUGCAAUGUGGUUUGAAUCCACACGAAAAGGAUGAUUUUGGAAUUACACCUAUGGAUGAAGCGAAACGGCGAAACUUGCAAAAUUUAAUGGAUAUGAUGGCGGAACACCAAGCUCUUACAAAUAAUGACGAAGUAUUCCACUUGGAAUGAACGUUCGAGACAAUUGAGAUUUUCAAAAACAAGACCUGUUAGAAACCACGUGUAUUAACUUAUAAUCGCUUUCAAUUUCCUUCUUUUGUGUCUUAUAUCUCGCAUAAUUAGACUAACGUACUAUUUUUUUGACAAAUAAAGUGACACAUAUAGCCGUUU